AAAGUUUUCUCUUUUCUGGCAGAGCUUUUAUCUCAGUUAUCAGGUGUGAGACGUUCUGCAGGGCAGCUCAAUUCUUCUGGCCCUUCUGCUUCUCAGUUACAGCAGCUGCAGAUGCAACUGCAGUUGGAGCGACAGCAUGCCCAGGCAGCAAGACAACUGGAGACUGCACGCAAUGCAACUAGACGCACUAACACAAGCAGUAUUCCUACCACUCUUACACAAUCUAUAGCAGCAACCAAUACAUCUAACACAGAAAACAAUCAGCAGACUAUACAGAAUUCCCAGUUUCUUCUUACAAGGUUGAAUGAUCCUAAGAUGUCAGAAGCAGAGCAUCAAUCAAAGGAAAGUGAACGGGCAGACCGCAGCUUGUUUGUUCAAGAGGUUCUACUGUCCACUUUGAUGGGGGAAGAAAGUUCUUCCUCAGAUAAGGAUGAAUGGGGAGAGAUUGCUGAUUUUGGUGCUAUGGGCUGUGUAGAUAUUAUGCCUCUUGAUGUUGCUUUAGAAAACCUAAAUUUAAAAGAGAAUAAUAAAGGAAAUGAUCCUCCUCUUUGAUGGCAUCCCACUUUGCAGACAAUGUCCUCUGUGCUGUAUUUGCCAAUGAAAGUGGACAACAGCUAUCUUGGAAUUGUUUUGGUGAUUGUAAUUUCAGGUCUGUCACUCUUGUUACAUUGUGUACAUUCAAAGGAAGAGAAAAAAAUAUAUAUGAUAAUCAUUUUCACUUAACCAAUUUUUACUUUUAGCAGGUAAAUAUAGGUUGCAGUGCAGAGAAAAAAGCUCUGCAUCCUGUAGCUUGACGUGCAAAAAGCUCUCCUAAUACUCCACAUUGAAACUGAAGAGGAAAAAAUGAAAAAUCUCUAAUGAAGCUGCUGUGUGUAUUUAUAAAUAUUAAUGAAUAAAAAUUGCUUGGAUGGUUUACCUUAA